GUACCUCGGUGUCCCUACGCCGUCAUACUGAUUGCGAGAGCUCAAUUGAGUCUAUGAUGAAAUAACGUUCAGAAACAACAGAGGAAGUGUUUCGUUCGUAUAUAAUCAUACACCGGGACUUACUGGUUAUUUGUUCCCCGUUUACAGUUUGGGAAUUGUUUGAUACAAAGAUGGCAAGGAACUUUUUAUUUUGUGUUUUUUGCAUGCUGUAUCUCGGUCGUACAGCAGCAACCGUUGUGAGGAGUUGUGAGGGAAAUUCUCUGUCUCUAUCCUGUGCCUCCGGGUUCGUGAUCAGUAUCAACAGGGCCAACUAUGGCAGGACAACCGGAAGUGAGACCUGUCCUCAUCCCAUGAUCUUGGUGACGGAAUGCUACGCAUCCAAUUCAAAAGCCAUCGCAAGGGACCUCUGUAAUGGACAGGCAAGCUGUACCUUGUAUGCAACCAACGAUGCAUUUGGGGACCCCUGUGUGGGUACUUACAAGUACCUUGAGGUCGACUACACGUGCAGGAGAUCAAACAGCAUUAUAGUGGAAGAACCUACUUGUGUAGAUGGAGUGGAAUGCAAAACAAAACGCGCUUGUGAAGGUGGCACCCUCUCCUUAACGUGCUCUUCUGGCUCAGUGAUCAAUAUCAUCAAAGCCAACUAUGGCCGUACGAAUGGACCAGAGGCUUGCCCGCAUAAAAUGAUCCACACAACGUCAUGUUUUGCAUCUGGUUCCGCAAACGCAAUGAGGAACCUAUGCAAUGGACAGACAAGCUGUACCGUUCCUGCGACCAAUUCCAUUUUCGGCGACCCAUGCGUCGGCACGUACAAAUAUCUUGAAGCAACCUACACUUGUGAGGAUGGCCCUGAAAUGAAACGAAUCUGUGAAGGAGGUGCCCUUAGUCUCAGCUGCCCGGCUGAAUCACCGACUAUUUUCAUAUCAAACGCUAUGUACGGCCGCCAGGCCGCCGGAUCUCAGAUCUGUCCCCAUAGAAGUAUCCAGACAACCAACUGCGCUGCUUCCAAUUCUCUUGAUACUGCCCGAUCAACCUGCCGUGGUCGGUCCGACUGUACAUUGGCUGCCUCGAAUCGUAUUUUCGGUGAUCCCUGUACAGGCACCUACAAGUAUUUAGAGGUUGGGUACACUUGUGCUCGCCGAGUUCGUGCCUGUGAGCGUAACGCAGUUCAGAUCGUUUGUCCAUCCGGACAAAGGAUCGAGAUCCUUGACGCUCUCUAUGGCCGUAUGGAAGGAGGGGACGUCUGUCCUCACCUACUUGUCUUUAAUCAAAAUUGUCGUGCAUCUUCGUCCCUGCGCAUCGUGAAGGAUAGGUGCAAUGGACUGUCCACCUGUACAGUUGCAGCCAGUAAUAGUGUCUUUGGAGAACCUUGUUUGGGUACCUUUAAAUACUUAGAAGUUUUCUAUGACUGUAAACAGUAGGCCUACAUGUAGACAGGUGACGUGUUUUACUCAGCGUUGCCACAGCGAAAAGUGUCAAUAUUAUCAAUUAAGAUCCGCCAAUAUAUUGUUCGUUCGUAUCAUUACUAUAGGCCUAUCCAUCUUUACAACUAACAUUUUUCACAAAUUCUCUUAACAAGAAAAACAUAAACUAAAGGAUUCCUCGCCAUUUUUGGCAACUAUGUUCUCGAAAUCUUUAAAUCUGGUGACGUUAUGCUACAUUUUCAAUAUGAUGUUUUCAUAUUUCAACCUCUAGGUAAUGUUGGACCCUCGUAAAAUUAUUUUGUGCAGACUAAAACAAUCAUGCUAAAUUACAUUCCAUAGAAUGAAAACUGUGCUAGAAACAUGCCAUUAUUAUCAAUUUUCCUCACGUAAAAAAAGUAUUAUCACAUUGUGAUGUGAUUUUAUUCAUAUGGCCGGGGCGGGGUUGUUUCAAAUGCUCAAUAAAUGCUAUGCUCAAUUCCAGUUUAAUCAUUUACUCUUUUAUACCGUGAUGGGUGUUAAUCUGAUGAUGUCAAUUAAGAAUACUUCCAAAAGAACGACACGAUACUAAAUUGAAGACAAAAAUAAAGAAUAGAACAUAACAUUUUAAUAAACGGAACAUGUUUCGAGGUGUCGCACCUCAUC